GAACCCCUCUUGUGAAGAACUAUAAGUCACAUGACACAUUGAAGCGGAAGUGCUUGUUGGCUGUUGUUAUGCUAAAGCUAACAGCUAGCUUCUACUGUCAGCUAUACAUGCCCUCUUGUUGUUGUUGUUGACAGGCUAACAACAUCGAUGGUCAGGAUGACCCAGAAGCACUGCCUGGAGGGCCAGGUGUAUUCGGUGCCUCUCAUCCAGCCGGACCUGAGGCGAGAGGAAGCUGUUCAUCAGAUCGCCGAUGCAUUAUUCUACCUGGAGACCAUCUCAACGGAUAUUUUCAGCAGGGUGUCUGACAGUGUCGAGAACAAACGCCGCAAUCUGCAGAGUGUCACCGACCGCAUCCGACUUGUCCAGGCGCGCGUGGACAGGAUCAAGGGCAGCAAAAAAGCCACCAAGGUUUUUUCCAGUGCCAAGUACCCAGCCCCGGACAGACUCCAGGACUACUCCUCUAUUUUCACCGGAGCCGCUGACCCCUCGCUGCAAGCCCACCCUCGACCCAGGAUACAGAACAAACUUCGACCUUUUGAUGAGAAGACUUUACAGGAGAAGUUGGUAUACUUCCCGGUGUGCGUGGCCAACAAGAAGAAGUCUGAAGACGAGACACAGGAGGGGCUGGGCAGUCUGCCACGUAACAUCUCCUCCGUCAGCUCGCUGCUGCUUUUCAACACCACCGAGAACCUGUACAAGAAGUAUGUCUUCCUCGAUCCUCUGGCGGGCGCCGUGACGAAGACGCACACCACCAUAGAAACUGAGAAGGCGGAGAAGCCUUUUGAUGCUCCUCUGUCCAUCACUAAGAGAGAACAGCUGGAGAGACUGACAGCAGAGAACUAUUUCUACGUACCAGACUUGGGGCAGGUGCCCGAGAUCGACGUGCCGUCGUACCUGCCAGACCUGCCGGGCAUCGCAGAUGACUUGUCCUACAGCGCCGACCUGGGGCCCGGCUUUGCGCCAUCAGGACCCUUGCACAUCAUACCAGAGCUGCCCUCUUUCUCGGAGGAGUGCGGCACAGAAGGUUUCCAAGCGAAUGUUCCUCCUCCCCCUCCUCACCCGCCGCCACCACCACCUCCUGCUUCUGAACCUACACUCGUAGCAGGACCGCCGCCUCCUCCUCCGCCGCCCCCUCCUCCUCCUCCACCUGCGCCUGCACAAAUGUCCACAGAGGGUUCCAGAGUUGCUAACUCAGGGCCGGUGUCAGGCGCCCCCAGCGAGGUGGUUCAGCCCUCAGACGGCCGGGCCAGCCUCCUGGAGUCCAUCCGCAACGCCGGGGGCAUCGGCAAGGCCAAUUUACGCAACAUCAAGGAGCGCAAGAUGGAGAAGAAGAAACAGAAGGAGCAGGAACAAGUUGGAGCAGUGUCAAGCGGCGGCGACUUCAUGUCUGAUCUUUUCAACAAGCUGGCCAUGCGCAGGAAAGGUAUUUCUGGCAAGGUUCCUACAGGCGGAGAGUCAACCGACGCUCCCAGCGGAGCCGGUGGCGCCUUUGCCAGAAUGUCCGACGUCAUCCCACCACUCCCCAACCCUCACGCCACCACAGACGACGACGACUGGGAGGUGUGAGGCUGCGGUUGGCCGACCAUUUCAUGCACUGACAAUAAAAAUGAGAAGUUUUUCAUAACGCCGUACUGGUGAAUGUAGGAAGUAUAAGGCAGCACUUGAUUGGAAAAUGGUGGAAAAUGGCAGAACGAGGUUAAAGGCCUAGUGAAAUUAGAUUUUCUUAUUUAAACGGGGAUAGCAGGUUCAUUCUAUGUGUCAUACUUGAUCAUUUCGCGAUAUUGUCGAUAUUUUUGCUGAAAGGAUUUAGUAGAGAACAUUCACGGUAAAGUUCGCAACUUUCGGUGCUAAGUCAAAAGCCCUGCCUCUACCGGAAGUCGCAGACGAUAGCAUCGCAUGUUGAUGGCUCCUCACAUAUUCACAUUGUUUAUAAUGGGAGCCUCCAACAAAAAGUGCUAUUCGGACUGAGACAACGACAAUUUCCCCAUUAAUUUGAGCGAGGAUGAUAGAUUCGUGUUUGAGGAUAUUGAUAGCGACGGACUUGAAAAAAAAAAUGCGAUUGGGACGGAUUCUGAUGUUUUUAGACACAUUUAAUAGGAUAAUUCUGGGAAAUCCCUUAUCUUUCUAUUGUGUUGCUAGUGUUUUAGUGAGUUAAAUAGUACCUGAUAGUCGGAAGGGUGUCUCCACGGGUGUCUUGACGCGCAUUGUCUCAGGGGAGUCGACAGCAGCUGCAUGGACGACACAAGCUCAGCUUUUCUCCGGUAAGAAGCGACUUUUUAACCACAAUUUUCUCACCGAAACCUGCGGGUUGACAUUCCGUCUUGAUCCAUGUUCGCUUGACCGCGCUCUGAUCCAUAGUAAAGUUUCACCUCCAGGAUUUUUAAACAAGGAAUCACCGUGUGUUUGUGUGGCUAAAGGCUAAAGCUUCCCAACUCCAUCUUUCUACUGUGACUUUUCCAAUAUUAAUUGAACAAAUUGCAAAAGAUUCAGCAACACAGAUCUCCAAAAUACUGUGUAAUUAUGCCGUUAAAGCAGACGACUUUUAGCUGUGUGUGUGUGCAGCGCUCAUACUUCCUAAAAACCCGUGACGUCUUGCGUACACGUCAUCAUUACACGACGUUUCCAGGAUGAAACUCCCGGGAAAUUUAAAAUUUUAAUUUAGUAAACUAAAAAGGCCGUAUUGGCAUGUGUUGCAAUGUUAAUGUUUCAUCAUUGAUAUAUAAACUAUCAGACUGCGUGGUGGGUUUCAGUAGGCCUUUAAUAGUUGCGUGCUGAAUUUCCCCCAGGGAUCAAUAAAGUACUUUCUAUUCUA